AUGCUCAAGCCUGAGGUCAACUCACCUCCGCCGCAGGUGGAAUAUCUCCAGAGUCACGACGUCCCUGGCUUCCUCCCUCAACGCUCUCAUUACUUGAACUAUUUCAGCUGCAAUUCCCCUCCUGUGAAACCUUCUCCCCCGUUUUUAACCAUGGUCAUCCUCGCAGCUUCAAUAUGCACCCGCGGGGGCAAAGCAGUUCUUUCACGCCAGUUCCGAGAAAUCGCCCGCUCCCGAAUCGAAGCUCUACUCGCGUCUUUCCCAAAGCUUGCGGACUCGGGCACACAGCAUACGACUGUUGAGCAAGACAAUGUCCGCUUUGUCUACCAACCUCUAGACGAGUUAUACAUCGUCCUAAUAACGAAUCGCCAAUCGAACAUCCUGCAAGACAUUGAUAGUCUUCACCUAUUCGCACAAGUCACCACCAGUAUCUGCAAGAGUCUAGAUGAGCGGGAAAUCCUCCGCAAUGCCUUCGAAUUGCUGAGCGCAUAUGACGAAUUGGUGACCCUCGGGUAUAGGGAAAACUUGUCGCUCACCCAGAUCAAGACGUUCCUGGAGAUGGAAAGUCACGAGGAGAGGAUUCAAGAAAUUAUAGAGAGGAACAAAGAACUCGAAGCGAGCGAGGAACGCAAGAGAAAGGCCAAGCAGCUGGAGAUGCAACGCAAAGAGGCUGCUCGCAAUGCGCGAAGCGUGGCUCCUCGAACUCCUUCCUACCCUGUCUAUACUCCUCCCUCGCGCCCGGCCGUGCCGGACACAUACGACAGCUAUGAAGCGGAGAAAAAGAAGACUUUUGCCAAGCCGUUGCCCACCCGCGGAAAAGGAAUGCAGUUGGGUAAGAAGUCAAAGACUACAGACAUAUACGAAAAAGUUCGCGGCGAUUUGGGCCCAGAAGCGGAAGAGGCGAGCCCCCUGGUGACUCCACAAGCAUCAACACCAGUUGUUGACAUGGUUUCUUCUGCUCGUGCUUCACUAUCUACGGACCGGGAACCUAUUCAUAUCACAAUUGCCGAGACUAUUUCGGCUUCGCUCACUCGUGAUGGCGCCCUCAAGUCUUUCGAGGUCAAGGGUGACCUUCAACUUCGCAUCACCGACCCUGCCUUCACCAAGCUCAAACUUGAUCUACUGGCGAACCCUACCCACGGUGCGCAAUUCCGCACACAUCCAAACGUUGACAAGGCUGUGUUCAGCAAUUCCUCCGUCAUCCAGCUCAAGGAUACAUCCAAGAGGUUCCCAGCCAACAAUUCAAUUGGCGUCCUCCGCUGGCGCGUGGCGGGCUCUGGAUCCGACAGCGCCGAUGUCCUUCCAAUCACAUUUACGGUCUGGGUCAACAAGGGCUCAGACUCAACCACAGUGACCGUGGAAUAUGAGCUUACGGGCUCCCAUAGCCUUCGAGAUGUUGUUGUGACAAUCCCUUAUGGCACAACGGAGCCAGCGGUAUCCAGUUUCGACGCGGUUUAUGAGGUCUCGGGAGAUAGUCUCGACUGGAAUAUUGGAAACGUGGACGAGGACAACGCCACGGGCAGCUUCGAGUUCGAAUCUACUGGAGAUGACGAGAAUGAGUUCUUCCCUAUGACAGUGCAAUUCUCAAAACCCAACCCAUUCGUCGAGGUUGACGUGACCGACAUCUCUCUACUAGACGAAGGUGAAAGCACAGGAUUCUCAAAGGACGUCAAGAGCGUCGCCGAAGGCUACCACAUUGAAUAGUCACCGCCUUCGGGUACACCAAGUACUAAUGACGUUCGGACCGCCCUUCCUUUGUAUUCGAUUACUACAAUAAUCUGCGUUUUAUCCUGUUUUACAAGACCUUGAUCGAAUAAUGGUAUCUCAUUUUAAAGUCUAAUCUUCCAAAGUCCUCCAUCAAGAGAGCAGCUGAUUGACUUGUGCUAAUGGCUCCAAUGUCGGGUCUUAUUCUUGCAAAGCUACCUUCAACCUGGCUUGCCUACCUACUUGAGCUUCUGCCAUUGCACGCGAGCAGCAAUAAUGACGUUUACCACGGCGUCCACGUGUCUGGGGCUUUAGGUUUGCGACGUUAAACUCCCGCUGGUGUUCUAGUUUGCAAUGGCCGACUUGAAAAGUCAACAAAGCCUAACGUCCCGGGCCGCGCAUAUCAUUUUGGACAUCACUCCCUCAGCUCUUGCCUUUUUCCUUCUGCUAACAGCGUUCAGUCUUACUUCUCCGUGUUUCCAAGCGAUUUGCCAGGAAUAGGACACAUUCUCUUUCUUCUUCCAUACUCACUUACCCCUAUAUCGACUAUUAUCUAUCAACUUAGCCGCCACGCAGCAGUGUCGAGAGCGUGAACUUUGGUCUUUGCAGGGAUUUUUGAUCUACAGAUGCGUCCUCUGAAUAGAGGUUGGCCUAUCACUAAAUCCUUUGCUUCAUAGUUUAUUCUUGACCCACUUGGUCACUGUGCCGGUGUGCCCAGCAUGGGCUGGCCAGACAGGCCCGGGUCACGGCAACUGCCAUCUCAGCCUCCAUCUCUUCAAGCAACAUCCCAAGAGACACCUCAAGCGUCGCCACAAACGGUAUCUCCAGGUAGCCUGUUCUCCGCUGAAUGCAGGGCUCCACUUUCAAGGUCUUUUACUGGCGAACGAUACUAUUCCUCAGAAACGAACCACCGUUCACAUUGCAGCCGUGCCUGUGACUCGUGCAGGAACAGGAAAAUCAAGUGUAGUGGUGAGUAUAGUGGCUGUGGCAAGUGCAACGCGACCAAUGGGAUCUGCACUUAUUCAGAUGGCAAAAGGGAAAUAAACAAAAGCUUUUCUUACAAGUGCACAGCCGAUCGCGAAGAGAAGUCUCAGUUUAUGGACAGAUGGAAUUAUUCUAUAUGCUCUGGCAACAAUAUAUCCGUGGAAGAGCAAGAUACCCGUGCCUGGCUUGCGGUCUGGACCCCGACAUACAUCCAUGUUGACUUUCGCCCAUAUCAAAACAGGAAAACCUUGGAGCAGAGCACGAAGAGGGACCAACAGCCAAAAAACAAAGUCUCGAUAAAAUGGCUACCCCGAGGACUAUGAUCAAGGGGCCAUCGGAUUCAUUGGUGGUAGUUCAGAGAUCACUUGGUUGCAGCGGCUGAUCAAAGAGCUCGGAAUCUGUGGUGACCUGAAUUCUUCUAAUGCGGCAAGCUAUCAUAUUGAAUACCGAGGGUCGCCAGUUUCCGAUUCAUUGUAUACAACGCACAGGCCGGCAUACAAAGUUGCUUGCCGACUGUUUGACAGAUAUGCUGCGUCAGUCCAUGUCUCCUUUCCAAUUGUCGCUGUCGAACGUUUCCGGCAAGAACUCGAGACGUACUACCAGAUAAUUGGAAGCCCAUUCCAGGAGAUCCUCCCCAAUCCCAGUCGCACCAAUGGCUGGUCAUCUCUUAUCUGAUCCUUGC